AAGUUCCUGCCGGAGAAUCCGAAUUGGAGAUCCUCGAGGCUGGUUUGUCCAGGCUCAGGUGUUUUUCGCGGCAGCUCCCAAAUUCUGCCUCCGAGGCGUAGGCCUGGCCGAGGGGUGAGUGCGCGCGGCCCCACCCCUACAGCACCCUAUGCUGCCUGAGGUGUGAAACCCACCUGUGGAAAUGCAACUGAGAAAACCCUGUAACUACAGUAUCAGCAUGGAUGCCUCAGAUUAUUUAGGGAUGAAGAAUUUUCAGCAGUGUUAAAUGUAAUACCGUCAAUUUAUGAGAUGGCCUCUUUGCAAAGGAAAGAGCCACAGGCAAGGAUUCUCAGCUCUGAAGAAGAGGAGAAACUGAAAAGAGACCAAGCUUUGGUGUCUGAUUUUAAACAGCAAAAAUUGGAAAAAGAAGCUCAGAAGAACUGGGACCUUUUCUACAAAAGAAAUAGUACUAACUUCUUCAAAGAUAGACACUGGACCGUCAGAGAGUUUGAAGAGCUAAGAUCAUAUAGGGAGUUUGAAGGUCAAAAAUUGACUAUACUUGAAGCUGGUUGUGGGGUCGGGAACUGUUUAUUCCCGCUUUUAGAAGAAGAUCUGAAUAUCUUUGCCUAUGCUUGUGAUUUUUCUCCAAGAGCAGUUGAGUAUGUUAAGCAAAAUCCUUCAUAUGACACAGAAAGAUGCAAGGUAUUCCAGUGUGAUCUGACUAAAGAUAACCUUCUGGAUCAUGUACCACCAGAGUCUGUGGAUGUUGUCAUGUUGAUAUUUGUGCUCUCGGCUGUUCAUCCUGAUAAGAUGCGCCUUGUCUUACAAAAUAUUUACAAGGUAUUAAAACCAGGCAAAAAUGUCUUGUUUCGUGACUAUGGGCUGUAUGAUCAUGCUAUGCUUAGGUUUAAAGCCGGCAGCAAACUUGGAGAAAACUUUUAUGUUAGACAAGAUGGAACCAGAUCGUAUUUUUUUACUGAUGAGUUUCUGGCUCAGCUCUUUCUGGACACAGGUUAUGAAGAAGUGGUGAAUGAGUAUGUAUUUCGAGAGACGGUGAAUAAAAAAGAAGGCCUGUGUGUGCCGAGAGUUUUCCUUCAGAGCAAAUUCCGGAAGCCUCCAAAGAACCCCACUCUUGUAGCCCUGGGCCUGGGUCCCAAGUCCUGACCGUUCGUGAGGUUGGCGUUUGUGCUUCCCCUUGGAGAGGAGAGUUUAAAAUCACUCUUUUUACUUUGUAUAUUUUUAUAUCUUAAUUUUCUUAAAUAAGCAUAUAUAAUUUUUGUAAUAAAAAGCAGCA